UCAGCACCGGUUUAUCAACACUGUUUACCACAGACAAAGGUCAGUUUUUCGGCUGUCCCUGCUAGCGCCACCAGCCUCCUGAGCCUGCUCGGUGUGUUAAAGAUGGCUGGGAUAGUUUCAGUUGUCCUGUUUUCAGUCCUGCUGUCCGGUGUGAGCGCCGGAGUGUUUUUCAACCAGAAGCAGCCGUGCUAUGUGCGCACACCGAGGAGAAACGACUUUGGACUGCAGACUGCUCCUCGUCCUCAUGAGUAUUUAAACAUUUCUGAACUGCCCAAAUCAUGGGACUGGAGGAACAUUAAUGGCACCAACUUUGUGAGCACGACCCGCAACCAGCACAUUCCCCAGUACUGUGGCUCCUGCUGGGCCCAUGGCAGCACCAGCGCCAUGGCAGAUCGUAUCAACAUUAAGCGGAAUGGAGCAUGGCCAUCUGCCUAUCUCUCUGUCCAGAAUGUGAUCGACUGUGGCAAUGCCGGAAGUUGCCAUGGAGGAGAUCACUCUGGCGUUUGGGAAUACGCUAACAAACACGGGAUCCCAGAUGAGACGUGCAACAACUACCAGGCUAAAGACCAGAAGUGCAAACCCUUCAAUGAAUGUGGCACCUGCACCACCUUUGGAGUGUGCAAUAUUGUGAAGAACUACACCCUGUGGAAAGUGGGCGAUUAUGGAGCUGUCAGCGGGAGGGAGAAGAUGAUGGCAGAGAUCUAUGCUAAAGGGCCGAUCAGCUGUGGGAUUAUGGCCACAGACACGCUGGAUGCCUACACCGGAGGUCUCUACUCUGAAUAUCAGGAGGAGGCUUUCAUCAACCACAUCGUGUCAGUGGCAGGAUGGGGAGUGGAGGACGGUGUUGAAUACUGGAUUGUACGCAACUCCUGGGGAGAGCCAUGGGGUGAGAAGGGCUGGCUCAGGAUCGUGACCAGUGCUUACAAGGGGGGAAGUGGAAGCAAAUACAACCUGGCGUUGGAGGAGGACUGCAUGUACGGAGACCCAGUUGUCCCCAAAGCCUACCUGUAGAGGAGACCAGCACCCACAGUGUCGUCACUGUACACCCACUUAUGUAUUCCUGUCUCGGGCAAAGGGAGACUUUUUAUUUGUAAAAUAUUGAAAAGGGAAUAAGUUCAGAUUUUUCUUAGAGAUCUAUUUUUUACACUUUUAAAUCAGGGUGUCCAACUCUCAGUCCCAAGGUCUUCCAGCUGGAUAUCAGACCUGCUUGAAUCAAUGCGGAGUAUCUGAUUUUUACCACAGUGAAAAGGCUGUUUAACGGUCUGAAACAUAUAAAUUGAGUGGGAGGAGUGAAACACAUCAGUACAACUAAUUUCUGCAAAUUUCAAGCAUUGCAUGCUGAAUAGCCAUUAUAAACACACUGAAAAGAUGCAACAAAUUCUUCAGUUUACAUUAUCAAGAGGACAUUGACAGCUUUCAUAGUUUUAGGUUUUUCCAUGCAUACUGACUCAGCCAAAGAACACAGUGCUUAUAAUUUGUCCUGAAAUGCUGUGACACUGAAUGUUUUUAGUGUGUGGUGUUAAUGGAUUGACAACAUUACACUACACCCUGAUAGAAAAACUGAAACUAAAAUCUACUUUAAAGUGUGCCUUACAUGCACUGGCAGUCAACAGAUUUAUGUAAUUGUAUUUUUUUUUUUAUUAUUAUGCUUGGCAAUGUACACAUCAGAAAUUCUGGAAAAAUUGCAAUUUUGUUGUUUUAAACUGUGUCAAUAAACACACCACCUAAAAGUGA